AUCCUCCUUCCCAAAUCGGAGGAUCUCAAAGAAAUAUUCUUUUGAAUUUCAGGGACCUUAUCAUAACAUUACUUCUCGUCGGAGCUUUCUCUUCUCUCCUAGAAAAUGGCAGCGCCUCCACCUCUUCUCUCAUCGCCGCCGCAGAUCGCCGGCAUCCCUCACCGGCCCAACCUAUGCUUCAAUCCAACAUUGAGACGACAACAGAAGCCAAGGUUAUCCCCGGUGCGCGUCUCUCUCCAUGAGAUCUAUGCGGCGGCGCCGGUAUUCACGAUAUCGGCGGCGGAGGGAGUAGGGUACUCUCCGGCAAGCUACUACACGUCGCUGGGGUUGUUCGUGAUCUCUGUCCCGGGUCUCUGGUCGCUCAUCAAGCGUUCUGUCAAAUCUAAGAUUGUGCAGAAGACGUUCGUCAAGGAGGGAGCGGCGGCGGCGGCGGCGGCGGCGCCGAAACAGGUCGCCGGCGAGAUCAUGUCCUUUUUCACGCGCAAUAACUUCUCCGUCUCAGACCGUGGCGAGACCAUCACGUUUGAAGGCAUGAUGGUGCCAAGUAGAGGACAAGCAGCAUUGUUAACCUUCUGCACAUGUAUUAGCUUGGCAAGUGUUGCACUUGUUCUCACAAUCGCAUUGCCAGAAGGUGGCAACAAUUGGUUCUGGCUUACUGUUCUCAGCCCUUUAGCAGGAGUGUAUUACUGGCAACGGGCGUCAAGGAAGGAGGAGAUCAAAGUGAAGAUGAUUGUUGCUGAAGAUGGAAACCUCUCAGAGAUCAUUGUUCAGGGUGAUGAUCAGCAGAUUGAUCAAAUGAGAAAGGAGCUUCAACUAAAUGAAAAAGGAAUGGUUUAUGUGAAAGGCAUCUUUGAAAGAUAAAAAAGAGUGGGAGAUUUUGCUGACAAAGAGUGAAACAGUUGGUCAAAUUUGCAUUCUAAUUUUGUAGCUAAUUGUCUCAAUUGAGUAAAAAUUACAUAAAAUUACAUCAA